AUGAGAGCUGCGAAUUUUCUGUAUAGCUCGAGCAAUCCCAAAUUCCGAGGGGUUUUCAAUGGGCUUUGCGCUGUGAUCCUAUUCUUCUUCUUCUUCGAUCAGAGCGGUAUACUCAAUAACCCUUUGUUAAAGAAUCAGUCUUUCGCUGAUGUUAGUGCUCAAGGAUAUAGCAAUUUUACUGUAAUUCGUCGGCAUAUGAGUGAAAUUGACAAUCACACCUUGAGUGGUGGUGAUAGUACUGUACUGUGCUCCGGUUUACAUGAGCACAGAGGCUAUGCUGAUCAAUGCGAGUUCUUGAGAUCAAACCCGGUUUGUUCCCCAGAUGGGUUUUUCGAUUACCUCAAAUUCUUCUACUGCACCUGCAGAGACUUCAAGAUCUUGGGCUACAUUGCGUUAGGUGUUUGGCUAGUUGCUUUGUUUUAUCUGUUGGGUAACACUGCUGCUGACUACUUCUGUUGUUCGUUGGAGAAGCUUUCGAAGCUUUUGAGGUUGCCUCCAACUGUUGCUGGUGUUACUCUGCUUCCAUUAGGUAACGGAGCUCCUGAUGUGUUUGCGAGUAUCGCUGCUUUCGUUGGCUCGGAUAAAGGCGAAGUAGGGCUUAACAGCGUCUUGGGCGGUGCGGUGUUUGUGACUUGCGUUGUUGCUGGGAUUGUUUCGCUCUGUGUUGCUGAUAAAGAGGUUAAGAUCGAUAAGAAGUGUUUCAUCAGAGACUUGAGUUUCUUCCUAUUCACGUUGGUGUCUUUGUUUGUGAUCUUGACGGUUGGUGAAAUGACAGUUGGUAUCGCCAUUGCGUUUGUUUCCAUCUAUGCGGUCUACGCUUCUCUAGUGGCUGCGAAUGAGAUUCUGAGGAAACAUUCGAAGAGGUUGAAGCUUGAUUCUUUCACGCCUCUGCUCCCAAUGCAAGGAAGUGUGUUCUCUCCUGUUGAAGAGGAUGUUCCAAUGUACAGUCCGUUGCUGGAACUAGAGACUGGAGAAGGACCGCCUCGGUUACAUGACUCUCUACCGCAGUGGAUGUGGGCGACGAAUUUAGCAAUCUAUUCGGCGAAAGCUAAUGUACAUGAUGAAGAGAGGCCUCCAUGGGGAUGGACAGAAGACGGUGGUGAAGAGGUUGAGAGAUCGUUGUGUGGUAAAGUCGCAUUCUUGUUGGAAGCUCCGUUGACGGUUCCUAGACGGUUAACGAUCCCGUUGAUCGAGGAAGAUGGCUGGUCAAAGACGUACGCUGUAGCUAGUGCCACGUUGGCUCCUGUUCUUGUUUCGUUUCUUUGGAGCAGUCAAGAUGAUGCGAUUGCGAUUGUAGCUUACGUUAUCGGCAUUGCUGUUGGAUCUGUUCUUGGCUUUCUCGCGUAUAAGAACACAGAACGUGAUCGUCCUCCGCAGAGAUACUUGAUCCCUUGGGUGCUUGGUGGAUUCAUCAUGAGCAUUGUAUGGUUCUACAUGAUUGCAAACGAGCUCGUUGCGCUUUUGGUUACGUUCGGUGGGAUCUACGGAAUCAACCCGUCGAUUCUGGGGCUAACCGUGCUUGCUUGGGGAAACUCGAUGGGUGAUUUAGUCUCGAAUGUUGCAUUGUCGAUGAACGGUGGAGAUGGUGUGCAGAUCGCGUUGUCGGGUUGCUACGCAGGUCCGAUGUUUAACACGCUUGUUGGGUUAGGAAUGUCGAUGUUUCUUGGUGCUUGGUCGAAGAGUCCAGAGACUUAUAUGAUCCCGAAAGACAAUAGCUUGUUUUACACGCUAGGGUUUCUUAUAUUGGGAUUGGUUUGGGCUCUUGUGAUGCUCCCGAGGAACGGGAUGCGACCGAACAGGGUGAUGGGGAUUGGUCUGAUCGCACUGUAUCUGAUAUUCGUCACUUUCAGACUCAGCUCCGCCAUGGGAUUCAUUCCUUGGGCUGCUUAA